AUGGAGGAAAAUCCUACAUCCUUUGAUGAACAACAUGGAAUUGAUAGUACAGAUGCUGCACCUGCUUCGAGAAGGCAAAUGAUAACUCGUUCAAUGCAUGGAAUAGUGAAACCAAACCCUCGGUAUUCACUCACUUGCGAAAAAUUGCCUAAGGAACCACGAUCCAUUAAAGAAGCUUUGUCAGAUACAGUCACAAUCACAAUUUCCUUUCCAACUGGUGAAGAAAAUCCUCAGGGAUACUCAGAUGUUGACUGGGUAGGAUGCCCAGUCACUCGGCGUUCAACAACAGGCUACAACAUAUACCUAGGAACUAAUUGCAUAUCUUGGUCUGCUAAAAAGCAACCCACCGUGGCACAAUCAAGUUCAGAGGUAGAGUAUCGUGCACUAGCUGCAACAAUAUUCUAA